CUCCUGUCAGAGUGAGGGGAGCAGCUCUCCCUCCCUCCCUCCUGUCAGACUGAGGGGAGCAGCCCUCCCCUGUCAGAGAGUGAGAGUGUGUGUAAGCUGCCCCUCAGUCUCUCUCUCUCUCUCACACACACACUGUGUCUGAGCCGUGGACAGACAGCGCUGAGAGUCGGAGAGCCCUCACCAGGCUCCGCUCAGUCUCCAGUGAGUGCGAGAGUGUGUGUGGAACCCUCUGCCUCUCCUUCCUGGGAGUUUGCUGUGUGUGUGUGUGUGAGAGAGAGAGUGUGGGGGACCCUCAGCCUCUCCUUCCUGGGAGUUUGCUGUGUGUGUGUGUGUGUGUGUGUGUGAGUGUGGGGGACCCUCAGCCCCUCCUUCCUGGGAGUUUGCUGUGUGUGUGUGUGUGUGUGUGAGUGUGGGGGGGACCCUCAGCCCCUCCUUCCUGGGAGUUUGCUGUGUGUGUGUGUGUGUGUGUGAGUGUGGGGGACCCUCAGCCUCUCCUUCCUGGGAGUUUGCUCUGUGUGUGUGUGAGAGUGUGGGGGACCCUCAGCCUCUCCUUCCUGGGAGUUUGCUCUGUGUGUGUGUGAGAGUGUGGGGGACCCUCAGCCUCUCCUUCCUGGGAGUUUGCUCUGUGUGUGUGUGAGAGUGUGGGGGACCCUCAGCCUCUCCUUCCUGGGAGUUUGCUCUGUGUGUGUGUGAGAGUGUGGGGGACCCUCAGCCUCUCCUUCCUGGGAGUUUGCUGUGUGUGUGUGUGUGUGAGUGUGGGGGGGACCCUCAGCCUCUCCUUCCUGGGAGUUUGCUGUGUGUGUGUUAGCCUGUCCACCCCCUGGACCUGGUGAGAAUGCGGCUGCCCCGGGUUUAUCUGCCUCUCUGCUGGAUUUCUGCCUUGGCCGGCUUUGGGAUAUCACAGAGAACCGCCGAGAAAACGCUGCUGCCUGAAAACCGGACCUGGGGCAAGUUUCAUUCAGCUGGCGACUAUCUGGAUGUGUUCCACUCUCCCACGGUCCAGCCCAGCUUGGGCUUGCCUCAACGGGGAACCGGUCAGCCGGAUGGCAACGCGGCGGUGGAUCACUCCAAUGGAACUGAUGGCAAUGCUAACUCAGCCGGUGGCAAUGUCAUCCCUUCCUCCUGUUACUAUCCCACCCGCAGCAACCCCACCUUCAGAUACAUUACUGCCGGCUUGUCCUGUGCCAUUUUUGUGGUGGGGGUGAUUGGCAACGCGACUUUGCUGAGGAUUAUCUAUAAAAAUAAGUGUAUGAGGAAUGGUCCCAACUUGCUAAUUGGAAGCCUGGCCCUAGGAGACCUGUUCUACAUCACAAUCGACAUCCCUUUGCAUGUCUACAAGCUUCUGGCUUCCGAGUGGCCGUUCGGGAUUGUAGUUUGCAAGCUGAUACCUUUCUUACAGAAAAUUUCAGUCGGAAUCACAGGCCUAAGUCUGUGUGCACUGAGUGUGGACAGGUAUCGGGCUGUUGUCUCCUGGAGCCGGGUUCAGGGGAUUGGAGUGCCUCUACUGACUGCUUUAGAGAUUAUUGGCAUUUGGAUCCUUGCCAGCCUCUUGGCAGUUCCUGAGGCUGUUGCUUUUAAUAUGGUAACAUUGGAAUACGGUAAACAGAACUACAGCGUGUGCCUUAUUCUGCCAACAACAGAGUUUAAUCGGUUCUACAUGAAUGUGAAGGAUUGGUGGAUGUUUGGGUUUUACUUCUGUAUGCCCCUUGUCUGCACUGCUUUCUUCUACGCUCGGAUGACCAGUGAGAUGUUAAGCAAGAGGAACAAGAGUUUGAGGAUUGCCUUGAGUGAGCACUUGAAACGGCGCAGAGAGGUAGCCAAAACAGUUUUGUUUCUAGUUGUGCUUUUCGCUCUGUGUUGGUUCCCUCUCCAUCUUAGCAAGCUUUUAAAGAAAACUCAUUACAAUGAAAAUCGCUCCAACAAAUGUGAUUUCCUGAAUUUCAUACUCGUCUUGGAUUUUAUUGGCCUCAAUCUAGCAAUUCUGAACUCCUGUAUCAAUCCCAUCGCUCUGUACUUUGUGAGCAAGAAAUUUAAAAAUUGCUUCCAGUCUUGUUUGUGCUGCUGUUGCCAGAGCCAGACUCUCAUGAAUGUGAUGCCGAUGAAUGACACCUCCAAACAUGUAAGCGUGCACUGGAAAAACCAGGAAUCCAAUAAUCCUGGUGAUCGGAGCAGCCGGAAGGACAGUAUGAACUGAAAGGAGAAAGUUCCAUUGGAUGAUGGGACAGCAUUAGCAGAGCUCGCAUCCUCCUCCAUGUCUGAAACUGUAUCAAUGCUGCCCUCUGAUGUGGGAGAAAACGGAAGACAGGGUGGACUGUGACUAGAACUUAUCAUUUUAGAUUCAUUUUGGAAUUCCAAAGGCUUUGAUUACCUGUGGCAAAGAGUUGGCCAUAUACCAGUGUUGAAUUUUUUUAAAUUUGUGAUUAUCAACAGACAAUGUUUGAAAACACUGGGUUGAGUAUCUGUAUGGAUUAUUAUCUUGAAACGUCCUUAGGGCCCACUGUAGACUUUUAUCCACAUUCUGUUUAAGGCAAAAUGACUGGGUAAGUUUUCUGAUAUUUCACAUGUGUCAGUAAGCUCUUAGAUACUAGAAGCCAAGUAGAAAAACCUGUUUCACAAAUGUAUUCAGCAUAUAAAUCCCUAUUUAUCGAAAGGGAGUACAGUGAUAAUUUCGUGUGAACAUUUCGAGUCCUUCAGCAGGAUAGGUUCAACAAUUCAAAUCAGGUCAAUUUCAUUAUUAGCUAACAAAAGGCAAUGCAAAAUAAUCAAGAUUUGUUUAAUAGUAUAGUCUCUGUAAAAGGAGAGAAUCACCCAUUCUCAUUACUUCUACAAAACUAUAGAUGCCUAUUAUGAUUAGUUUUAGAGGAUAUGUAUCCUUUCCAUUUUAUAUAUUAUGAAUGGUGAUUAUUUCUGUAUUAUUUGAAUGGACAUAAUUAUUGACAGUUUCUAGAAAUGUCACAUAAAUGUACAUAACAAUAUAACGUCCUCAGUAGCAGCAUAAUCGAAAGAAUAGAAACGCCACAUCAAAGUUUUGUUUAUAAAUUAUACAUAUUACAGGGUCUAUCCAAUGAGCAUGUCUCAGGUGAGUUCUGACUUGCGUACAUGUAAUGAAUCCCCUACCUCCACCACAAUGCAAUAAAAGCAAGAAUGAUUCUUCUUUUCCAUAA